AUGUCGCGCGUUCAGGAGCUCCCUGAUGAUUUUGACGAAACCCUGAACUUGGCGCAAGGAGACAAGGAGGCAGCACACCGUCCAAAUGAGGGUAGCAACAACACCGCCCACGAGGGGCAGCUCCCCGCCCUUCCACGGGAAGACGACUCCAUGCGUUCGCAUACUGCGGACGAUGUCAUCAAGACGAUGAAGAGAUCACCUCUCUUCAUGACAUCUCUCGACGACGCAGGCGAAGAUGGCGAAGAAAACCUUGAGCUCGAAGCCAUCCGCGCCCUGCAAUACGAGGGCACCCCAGCAGAAAACGCCCUCAGCUUCAAAGAGCAAGGCAACGAGAUGGUGAAAGAGAAGCGAUGGACCGACGCCAAAGAAUUCUACACAAAGGCAAUCGCCGUGCUCUCCAAGAGAAUCGGGUCGCAUGAGGGAGAAAGCGGCGCAAACCCCGAACGAGAUCACAUGCAAGAGAAAGACUUGGACGAAGCAUGCCACGUGAAUCGAGCUCUCUGCAACCUUGAACUCAAGAAUUACCGCUCCACGACCAUCGACUGCGCCUCCGCCCUCCGUCUGAAUAUCAAUAACGUUAAGGCGUACUACCGCUCCGCUUCUGCUCUCCUCGCGCUCGACAAAAUCGAAGAAGCAGCCGACGCCUGUCAGCGCGGCAGAGCCAUCGACGCCUCGAACAAGCCUCUGACACAACUUUCAGAUAAGAUCACAGAACGGGCUUCGUUCCUAGCAGCGCAAAAGGCCAAGAGGGAGCAGGAAGUCCAAGACGCGCAGAAGAAGGCGCUCAUGCUGAAUACAGCACUCAAAGCGCGCAAUAUACGCGUGGAAACGACAUCCCAAGCCCCGAAUUUAGAAGACGCAACGAUCCAUCUCGCGCCAGACCCUCUCUCGCCGACGAGCGCCCUCCACUUCCCCGUCCUCCUGCUCUAUCCUAUCCACUCGCAAUCGGACUUUAUCAAGGCGUUCGCGGAGACGGAGACGGUGGCGCAGCAUCUACAGUAUAUCCUCCCCCUGCCGUGGGAUAAGGAAGGUGAAUAUACAGUGGGCGGGGUGGAGGUGUAUGUGGAGACUGCAAAGGGGGGUUGA